AUGACCGGCGCAUCCGGCUCCCGGCGAGGCACAGCCGGGUCCGUCAGGCUGGGGCUUUUGUUUGGAUUUCUGCUUCCACAACUCGCGCAGGCCGCUGCGGCUGUCGCGACGCCGGGAUUUCUCGGCCGUGACGAUGUUGGUGUCCGUGGGAAUGGGAACGGAUUCUUCGCUGCUGAGCCGGCCGCUGCGAUGGAGCUGUGGCCGCGCUUCUAUUACGACCAGGUCGUUAGCCCGAUGCCGAUGCUAAAGAAGCGCCAGGAUGGGGGUGACGGGGUUUGUGAGGCUGGGUAUCAUCCAUGCAACGACAUCGGACCCCCCGGCGAAUCAUUCUGUUGUACCAACGAGCACUGCAUAAUCAACCCCCAAAACCCCUCCCUCGGCGGCUGCUGCGCUCUCGGUUCCGUGUGCGGCUCCCCCUGCGCCGAGUCCCAAUUCCAAUGCACCACCACCGGCACCGGCACCAUAACCCUCACCCGCGCCGGUGGUCUCGGCCAUCCCGCCACCACCUUCACAACAACCACUACCACCACCGGCCAAGCCUGCUGUCCCCGCCGCUGUGCCGCACCCUCUCAAUUCCAAUGCGCCGCCUCCCUGGGCGGCGGCUGCUGCGACUUUGGCAACCGCUGCGUGCGCGUUACUCCCACGGGCCCCGUCGCGACGACGGAUACGUCCAUCAGGGGGCAAUGUGUCUUCACCCCGCCUCCGGAAACCACCAUCCCCUCGUCUCUACUCCCGCCUCCACCGGGGUGUACAACCGGACAGAUCUCGUGUGCGGCGUCGUUGAGCGGCGGGUGUUGUGCGGCGACACAAACGUGUACGCUCAUCACGGGCCAGCCGCAUUGUGCGGUCGGGUUAGAUACCGGGUUGCCGACGGGGAGUGGGGUGAGUGUGGUGGAUCGGGAUAGUGGGGAGAUGAGUGCUGGUGCGAAGGCUGGGUUGGCGGUGGGUGUUGUGGUGGGCGUUGGGGUGUUGGGGGGGUUGGUGGCGUGGGUGUUUUGUUUGAGGAGGAGGCGGAGCGGUGGUAUAAGUGAACCCGGCGGACAUGUUGGAGAAGGUGGCCUCGGUGGUGGUCUUGGAGGUGGUGUAGACGGGGACAACACCACAACCGGCCGAUCCCGCACCACCGGCCUCGUCGGCCGCAUCCUCGGCGGCAGCGGUGCAGGAAGCGGCAUAGGCAGCAUAGGCUUCCACAGUCCCAGCCAAGUUGGCUCCCCCUCAAGCCACGGUCGACCGCGAGCCGGCACACGCGGCGAAAUGUCCGAAGAAAACUCCGACAUCCACUCCCGCAGCGGUCGAUUAUCCGGCCUGGCACAGGAUUAUUUCGGGCCUGCGCCGGCUGUCGGGCCCUACUCAGAUACCCAUGAUUAUGAUCCGUUGGGACCGCCUUCGGGGCCGGUGGCGUCGCCUGUGGUGGCUACGCCGUUGCAGCCGCAUGGGCCGGGGGAUAUUGCGGUGCCGGUGGAGAUUGAUUCACGGGUGAAGGGGGAGGAGGAGGAUGGGGAGAAUAAGGAGGGGGAGGAGAAGCAAGGGCCAGUGGUAGCUGGAGGCGCGUCUGUGGUAGCUGAAGGUGCUGCGUCUAGGGUACCAGUGGGUAGAAUUUGGCAACAAGGGGAUGAUGAUGGGCAGGAACGGUUUGAGUUGUAUGGGUCAGAGGUGGGGGAAGUGUCGUCGGCGGCGGUUGCUAAGACGCAUGAGGUGAGCGGGAGUGGGCCGGAGGAGCAGAAUAAGGGGCAAUAA